AUGGCACUCCACAUGGACAUCUGCCUGCUGGUCAUGCUGCUGCCCUUGUGCACUCUGGCCGAGGUUGCGGCCGACCAGCGACAUGGGAGGCGUAGAAACCUCCUGCAGACGUUCGGGGUCGGAACCAUGACGAUUACGCCCCAGGAUGGGAUGUUCAACCCCACCCUUGACAACAAGCUCGGGAUCACCGCGAAGUGCGCUGUGACGGGAUCGGGCGGCCAGGCCACCACAGCCUGCUGGCGCGCGCAGCUGGCGGAGUGCGGCCACUCUCCUUGUGACACCGGCCAGCUGCCGGCGUACAACUCCUCCGGGCCUACAACUUACGCCCCUGCCAAUGUGACCUAUGGCGGCGCGCCUCCCACCUACUCCUCCACCUACCAGUUCAGCAUCUCCAAUGCUACUACGUAUGCAGUGGGGCAGCUGAGUUGCGUGCUGGCAACAGCUUCGUGGUGCCCCGCCGCCCCCAAGGCCCCGGCCGCCACCCAGGCCGCCGAGCCCGCCCCGACCAUCAUUACCAGCAACUCAACCAGCAACGUUACGGGAGUGAUCUACCCUGGCGCCAGCAACAAAGUGCAGGUCAAGGCGACGUGCAUCAUCGAGGGGCAGUACGCUCUGACCCGGGUACAGAACUGGCCCGCCCAGAUGCAGCUCUGCGGCCCCACCGGCGGUUCCACGUGCUCGGGCAACUCGUACAACCCCGGCAUCGCAACCUUAACCCCGUCCAAGGUCACCUACAACACCACCAGCAACCGCUACACCGCCGAGUACACCUUCACCAUUGACGACGCGUGGAAAGGGCAGCCCAUCACCCACCGCUACUUCCUGUGCCUGUACAAAGACGCAAACGCAAACGUUGUGCAGAAGUCGGGGGCAUCCAUCGACGUGCCCGCCGCCUUCUCCUCGCCCUCCACCAUCUCCAAAGCCGCCAUCUCCAAAGCCGCCAUCUCCAAAACCCCCAUCUCCAAAACCCCCAUCUCCAAAGCCGCCAUCUCCAAAACCUCCAUCUCCAAAAACCCCAUCUCCAAACCCGCCAUCUCCAAAACCUCCAUCUCCAAAACCUCCGCCGCCGCCAUCACCUGCUCCCCCACCGCCCUCUCCACCGCCUCCCUCCCCAGCCCCGCCACCCUCUCCUCCUCCCUCCCCGCCACCCCGCCCUCCGCCAGUGAGUGUGGGCCGCCGUAUCACAUUUUCGAGCAGAGGACCCUGGGCAACGGCACCGCCGAGAGCAUGACUGGCUGCCCCUGCGGCUACAUCACCGCCAUGCACGUGGGCUACGUCACCGUGGGCGGCACCAGCUACGUCUCCACCGGCUCCUUCAUCCAGGACCCCGCCUUCGCCUCCAUCGUCCCCCCGCCGACAGUCCAGAUAUACCCGUGCCCCGGUGGCGGCUGCGCCUCCCUGGUGGGCUACUUCUCCGGCCUGCUGCCCCCUGCUAACGCCAUCGGCAUUGUGGGGCUGGGCACCACGGGUGACACCGCCGCCCCAGACUCCGACUCCAUCACUUGUUCCUCGGGAGUGGCGCUGGGGGUGGACACAGCGCGCUGGAACGCCACCUUUGCGCUGCCAGACGUGGGCCAGCGGGUCGUGGUGGGGUGCGGCAUCCCGAUGAGCACUUCUGGGCGCGGCACGGUCAUGAGGUCGAUGCUUGUGGAGGCCGGCGGCAACACGGUGCAAGCCAACAUCACCGGCACCUUGGUGGGCGGCGCGCGGGUGUGGAAGCUGGAGCCCACCUACAACGGGCAGAAUGCCCCGGUGGGGCUCGCCCGCCUGCGGGCAGGCGUGAAGGCCACCUACACCCGGCCCAGUGUCGCAAGGAACACGCCGGGCCUGGUGGUGGUGGAUGCAGGCUAUGCCCGUGUGACCAUCUCCCAGCCCAUCAACCCCUCGCUGGGUGCCGCCGGUGGCCUUCUGGAUGUGGAUGUCGCCCUGUUCUCUACCCUGCAGCCGCCCGUCAAGGGCGUGCUGGCACCCUCGUACAGGGCGGCGCUGGCGCGUGCGCUGGCGCGGCCGGCCAUGGCCGCAGCCGCGGCGGGCGGCGGCGGGCCGCUGUUCUCGGCCAGCGCUAGCAGCGGCUGA